AUGUUUCUCAAUACCAUUCUGGUGGUCUUGACUGACCUGGCAGCCAGACUCAUGGGAAGUGCCAAUUUCCGCCGCCAUUUUCACCUGUUGUUGUCAUGCCUGAUCGUGUUUGGACCUGCCCUGAGCAUGUGGGUCUCCCAACACAGCAUCUUUGCCAAAAGGACAAAUUUUCUUUACAGAGCAUUCCUGCGCUCAGGCUGGGGAUGGACCUGCAUCUUCGUCGGCUCCUUUGUCUUCCUCCUUUCCUUCUCAGUGCGCAGAUCCCUCAUUCUCUCACUGCGACACCUGUCCAGGCUGGUGGUGGCAGGCGUGCUGUGGGUGGGGUUCCGAAAGCUUCUGGAUGUCCUUGAGAAUGCCACAGGGAGCUGCUACGAGCCUCUCAGCGCUGUAGAUGGCCAGCCCACGGUGGACGGCCAGCCCUUCCUACUACUUCGGGAGGGGGCGAGCAAGCAGUUGUGUGUGGGAAACGGCAUGCUGUGGCGUGGCUAUGAGGUCUCUGAGGACAUCUUCUUGCUGUGUCUGUGCUGCCUGCUGGUGGCAGAGGAGACGGCCGUGUUCGGGCCCUACCUGACUCUGGGUGGGCCCUCGGGGGCCCCACUGCGCCUGCUCUUCCUGUUCUGUGUCACCCUGCUAGGCCUCUGGAUGUUCUUGCUUCUCUGCCUGCUGGCUUACUUCCCCGCAUUCCCCACACAGAUCCUAGGAGGGGCUCUGGGGUGUCUUAGUUGGAGGGGCCUGUAUCAGGGCUGGUACCGCCUGGGCCCCAGCUGGUACUGUCCUGGACGACCAGGGGUGGGACUCUUCACCAAGAAGGAAGGGGGGAAGCCUGAGUGA